CUCAGCUCUGUGUCUCUCUGUAUGUUACUUAUGGUGUUCAGUUCACAUCAGUAAGGUUGCAUUACUGCCGUCUGAAGAGGAAGAGGAGGAAGAGGAGUUUUUACCCUCGGGCCAUCACAUGUCAAAUAUAAAUCCUUGAAUUUUCCUGGAUUCCAUCAUCUAAUAAUCACUCUCUCCAUCUUCAUUUCUCUCUCAGUCUGAUACUUCAAAAUAAAAGCUCUCCCAUCGACAGCAGUUUGUGCGACAGCUUUGUUUUCCAGGCUUUGUGAGACGAUGUCCUAACACUCGAUGACGAUGUUGUGUCCCCGUUCUUAGGAGAUGAAGACAAGUCACCGAGGUCUUCGUCACCACAGCGAUGGGCAGACAGUGGGCGGAGCUGGACUGUAAGCGGCACCUUCAUGGAGCCCUGACACACGGGGCAGAGAGCAGGUAAAUGGAGGUGCAGGACAGGAGCCGCUCACCAUCCCGGAGGACCAGUCGGGUGGAGCAGGUGGUGGGACGAUGGCUGAGACGCUCCCGGGAUUUAGGCAGCAGGUCUCACUCUCUCGGCAGAGACCGGGCUGCAGUGGACGGGAAGACAGAGUCCAGUGGCUCCGAUCAGAGGAAUUACCCCUUCCGCUUUAAUGUGCAGAUUCAACGGGACGCAGCCUUUAACUCUCAUGGCCUCACGCUCUCCUCCCAAACGCCGAUCAUCGUCCAGGAAGUCACCCCAGGUGGUCCCGCAGAUGGUCGGCUGGUCCCCGGCGACCAGCUCGUGAAGAUCAAUAACGUCGCUGUCGAUGACCUGACCCCGGAGCAAGCUGCUGAAAUAAUCAGGGAGUGUCAAGAUAUGGUGACAAUGACAGUCCUCAGAACAAUGCUGGGCCCGAAGUCUUCGUUCAUCACACCAGAGAAGAGAGCCAAGCUCAGGUCAAACCCUGUCAAAGUCCACUUUGCUGAAGAGGUGGAAGUCAACGGACACAGUCAGGGUAACUCGCUGCUCUUCCUGCCCAACGUUCUGAAGGUCUAUCUGGAGAACGGGCAGACCAAGGCCUUCAAGUUUGAACCCAGCACCACGGUCAAGGACAUUGUGAUGACGCUCAAGGAAAAGCUUUCUCUGAGCCGUAUUGAGCAUUUCUCCCUGGUGCUGGAGCAGCAGUACAGCAUCAGCAAACUCCUGCUGCUGCACGACGUGGAGAGGAUACAGCAGGUGGUCCAGAAGAAGGAGGCUCAUGACUACAGGUGUCUGUUUCGUGUUUGUUUCAUGCCCAAAAGCCUCCAUACUCUGCUGCUGGAGGAUCCGGCAGCCUUUGAAUACCUUUACCUGCAGGGGGUGAAUGAUGUUCUGCAGGAGCGUUUCGCAGUCGAGAUGAGGUGCAACACCGCGCUGCGACUCGCUGCCCUGCACAUCCAGGAGAGACUGGCGAGCUGCGGCCAGUCGCCAAAGACCAACCUCAAGAUCGUCACGAAGACGUGGGGCAUAGACAACUUUGUGUCGUCCACGUUGUUGAGGAACAUGCGAGAGAAGGAUCUGAGGAAGGCCAUCAGCUUCCACAUGAAGAAGAGCCAAUCACAGCACGACCCCAAGCAGAAAGGCCUGUCAGUCAGUCAGGCACGAAUCAACUACCUGGAAGAGCUGGGCGACCUCAAGUCGUUUGGAGGCAAAUCCUUCAGUGCCACAAUGAUGCUCCAGGACCGGGAGUCGAUGGUGACCCUGCUGGUGGGGGCGCGGUACGGGGUGAGUCAGGUGGUCAACCACAAGCUCAGCAUCCUGUCCACCCUCACAGAGUUCACCUGCAUCACACGCAUUGAGCUGCUGCCUGAAUCAGACAAGGUCAGCCUGGUCAAGAUCUACCUGCAGGACAUUAAGCCCAUCACUUUACUGUUGGAGUCAACAGCAGCCAAAGAUCUGUCCUGCCUGAUAGCAGGGUACUGUCGAGUUUUUGUCGACUCCAACCUCAACAUCUUCCUCUGGACAGACGAGCCCAAGAAGCACAGAGUGUCUGCUGAGGAAGGUUACGUGUCCAGGUGUGGCAGCGACUCAGACGACACCUCAGACCUGGACAUGGAGCCGCUCGUCACCCUGGUGUCUGUCAGUGAGAAACCUCGCACUCGUUUCAGGUCCUCAUCUGAUUCUGAUGGGAGAAAAAGAAAAGACAAAGACAGAAGAAGAAGCAGAAAUGGCAAAGAAGACGAAGAUAAAGCUUUGGAGAGUAAAAAACAAGAGGAGGAAAAGGAUGCUGACACCGAAAAGGGAAAGACAUCGGAAGAUAAGAAUACACAGGGUAAAAAUGAGGACACUGGGCACAAGGGGGAGAUGGAAAAAACACAGAAUGAGGUAACGGACAACGAAUCACAAGAACAGCAGAAAAAGGUGGGAGAACAAGAGAAGAUUGCUCAGGAGGUGAAAGUAGCAGAGGAGCAGCCGUCUGUAUCAGAAGCUUCCGACUCUUGUCAAACAGACUCUCGUGUCCUCACCAGCCCCUCCAGCGACUCCCUUGAUGCUUUAGAGGAAGACGACUUACUGCUGUGUUCCUCUUCCUCCAUCCACGUCCAUGCUGCCUCACACACGCAUCCCCACGUCCACUCGCUCCUUCAUUCUUAUCCUCAUCAGCAGGCCCAUCCUCACCUCUUCACCCAUCCACUAACUGAUUCCCACCCCGGCCUACACUUGACAAGUCACGACAAUAGAGGUAGGCGCCGAAGGAGGUCAGGAGAUGGAGCAGAUCCCCAACUCGUGAAACCCGUGUGCACCUCUGAGAUCCUUCUCCACACCCAGAAAUGUUCUGAUGAGAACUCCCUGUGCUUCGCCGAGCUCUCUCGCCUAGUGGACUUCCUGCCAAGCCCGCCAGAGGCCAGUGAGGAUGACGACGAUGAGGAAGAGGAGUUGAGGAGGAGAAGGAACAUUUUUAAAGAAAUGGACCAGUCUGUGAGAAGAGUGGGUGAGGGAGGCAGCCUCAGUGGGGAGGGUGGGUUUAAUGAGAAUCUGCUGUCCAUUUCCCCGUCCUCUCUCUCCUCCCACAUGGAGUCUGUCUUCAACUUUGACCAGAGUGAUGCUCGAUGCUACUACAAACUCUGCUCCAACAUCACCCCCGACAGUGCCCGGAGUCUCCCACAGCAUCAAGACAAGGAUGAAGACUGGGAGGAAGUGGACAGAGAGGACAGAGAGGACAGGGAGGAGGAAAAGGCUGACGGCCUGGAGCCAGUCCCAAUCCUCCACCCCCCACCAGGCUUUGGAGACAGCAGCUCUGAUGAGGAGUUUUUUGAUGCCAGAGAUCGUUUCACUUCACCUGAAGACCUAACCGCAGGAUCUGUGCCAAGAGAUAUCUGCACAGAGCUGGACGCCCUCAGCACACUCAGCCUCAGUGACAUCAGAGUCUGUCUCAUAGAUGGAGACACAGAUGAAAAAGAAGACAAAGUCCAUGAGGAAGGCGGGGGCAGAGAAACGUUAUUUCAGCUCAGAAAACGAUCUCGCAAGCGACGUUCCUUCAUGGAAACUAAUUAUACCUCCACAGUAUCAUAUCCAGAACAAAAUCCAGAAUUAAAGACGGACCCUGGUAUCAAAAAGCUUCACAAACACAUUGUGGCAGACAUCAGUGAUGCUCAGAUGCUUAGUUCAGACCCAGAACCUUCAGUGCAAACCCAGAAUCCCAGCCCCACCGUCUCCUCCCUGACGCACUCUGAGGGGGAACCUGCUCAACUAGAGUCAAAACCCAUUCAGUCAAAUUCUCGUUCUAAAGGACCCAGCCCUCCUUCUGGUUCUGGGUCCCAUGAGCAGACUAGAAACAUACAACCACCGUCCAGGACCAGGAAACAAGACAUGGAAAUGGAACCUGACACAAUGGAAUCCAAGUCAGUCACAGAUCUGGUGAAGGCAUCAUCUCCCACCAUCACUGUUGUUCGCUGCCGGGUGGAUCCAGACGGGAAGGAGAGUGCUGAUCGGAGGGGUGACGGAAAGGAGGAAGGGGAGGAACAGGAGGAGAUUGCAGAGGGAAUAGGGGAGGAAGAGACGGAGGACACCACGGAUGUGUCAGGAAAGGGGCCAUUCACAAGUCAUAUGUUUCUCCCAGAAAUUGUUCAGGAGGUACUGAAGUGUCCUGAAACCCAGUUAGAAGCUGACACACUGCCAACAUUUUUGACGGAUAUGAAUAAAGUUAGCCGUGGAUUGUUGGAUUCAACUGUAGAGGAGCAUAUGCUUGAGGGUGUGCAUGACAAAUCUAACUCAGCAUCAUACUCACCACCGCCUCCUCCACCAUGUUCUCCCCUACCUCCAGGACCAGAUCUUCAUGAGUUCCAAAGUGACACUUUAGUUAAAGAAGAGGGAAGCAAAACAACAGACACCUCAGCUGAUGAGAUGCCACUCUGCAAGCUAAAUCCCACUCACAAAGCACAAUUACAAGUCACAGCCAGUGCUAAUGAAGAUAAAGCUAUUGGCUUUGUUGGUUCUGCUGUGACUACAAGCGACGAGGUUAGUGAUGGCACUAGUUCUGACAACGUUUUUGAUGAUGAGGACGUGAGCAUGUCCUUAAAUUCUACAAGUGACAAGAGAGAUGACUUGAGCAGCAUCAGGUCCAAUUCAGCCGCAGCAGGUAAAUGUGAGUCUCAAGUCAGUGUUAAGUCUCCAACAAGCACUGAAGCCCAUACAAACAGUCAUGCACUUAGUUCUGAUUACACUCGAGCUAUAAACUCUAUCAAAUCAAAGCUUGGAGCUGCAACUAGCAUGGCAUCACCCACAUUUCAUUCAGGUUCUACACCAAAGAGUGCAGUGGCACAUGAAGAUGCUUUGUGCUUGAAUGAAGCUUUAGACAAACCCAGAGAUGAUUCCACCAUGCCAGUUGUUGAGUCAAAGGACCGUUUACCUUGUCCUAGCGUAGUGAAAAUGAACACAGCCAUUAUCCACGAAGACUCCAAAAAGCCUUCUUCUCCAACCCACUUCCUUUUCCAGACCUGCUCCCCUAGCAUCAUGGGUAGAUUAUCUGCCUCAACACUGAGAGGGAAAAUUCAGAAUUUGCCCUUUUAUUUAUCACACUCCCAGGAAACCCUUCACCAGACUGGUGUGUGUAGUGCAACCCUCAGUCCUGUUGAGAUUGCCAUCAAAGUUACAGAGGUUCAUGAUGUCACACAGUCUGUGAAUACUGAAACAGUGGAUUCAGAUGAUUCAGAUACAACCGUUACAGGCUCAGAGGUUGAUGGGGAGAAUUCUGUUGAAAUAACUCCAAUAGAGACCUCCCAUUCAGGUACAGAGGUAAAGGAAUCAAACUCAACUUUGCCUGUCCAGACUGAGCCCAAACUCCAACAACAAACUCAGCAUCUGUACCCGAUUCAGAGCACACCAGGACCAAUAACAGAGCCUCCCACAUCUAUAGUGAACAGCCUUCAAAGAGAUACCUCAGGCAUGAAGAUAGACACUCCAGGGCCUAUAAAACAUGCUCCAGAGCCAAAUAAAAUCACAACCCCAGAGGAACCUUCCUUUCCUGCUCCAGUAGUGGUGACCACACAGAGUCAAAAUAGGGCAGGGCUUCCUUUUCACAAUCAGUCACCAAAGGUAAGACGGACCAGCAACGACAGGCCUUUGAUGGGUCUCUGUAGACCUACAGAGCAGAAUUCAGAUUCACCAAAGACGCUUUCCUCAGGCUGUAGAGUGUUUACGAUCUGUGAGGAUCCAUCUCAAGAAAAGACUCCGGCCGUGCUCGGGACCACCCUGCCGUUAAAGUCUGAGUUUGGCUGCACUUCUGCGCUAACAGCUGGAUGUCAAUCAGUUGUUGAGGGGGUGCAGGUACCACUGGACACUUGUGGUUGCCCACCUGUCUAUACCAAUUGCUUCGGCAGUGGGGACAGCUUUGAUGACGAGCUGACAGUCUAUGAGUUCUCCUGUCGCACAAGCAAAAGCAGUGGCGCUACUCAGACUUCAGGAGCUGUAGUUCCUCUCAUUACCUCUCCACCUGUCCACUCCAUUCUCACCACUUCCUCCACCAAUUCUCCCUCCUUCCCACGCUCCAUCCUCUUCUCCUCCUCUACCUCUGAGCUCAGUCCUCUCCUCUCACCACUGUCUGACACCUCUGACUGUUUUCUGUCUCAAACCCACAAGGACACCAUCAGUCGGUUAGGUCAGCAACGGUAUCCAGAACCUCCAGUGGGUUAUCAAGAACUCCGUGUAGAUGUGAACCAGCUCCUCUCAAUUCUGGAGAGUAGCGGCACUGACCGAUUUGUAGUAGGUCAUGGAGGACGCCACCCAAAAGACACAUGUCCUGCUCACUUUACAGAGAACAAGCGGGUGCUCCAGACAGAGGCGCGACGUCUGAUGUCAAGCUGUCAGAAGGUGGUUGGAAUUGGACAGAGCGCAGAGGAAAUGCUGAACUCCCUGGCAGAUAGCUUCCGGACCCUGGUUGACUUGGCCAGUAUAUGCUUGUGGUUCUCCGGUUGUGACAGGUGUGACCGGAGGAAUGCAGAAGCUGUGGCAGGUCUGGCAGAUGUGGCCCGCUCAUUCAGGGACUUCUGUCUGGCCGCGGAGCGAGCCAGCAGCAAGCGCAGCUGCCAGGACCUGAGCACCAAGCUGCUCGCCAAACAGUGCACGGCACUCACCGCCUCGGUCUUCUGCCUCACUCAGCUGUUCCGCACCCUCACCGCACUAUGAGCGGACUGCAACCUGUGAAGACUUUGAAAUGACUUGUGUGUCAUCUUAGAUAUGCACUGCGUGUUGGCAACAUGUGACCCCGAAUAUUAAGAUUUACACGAGGUGAGGUUACCAGGGAGCUCCAUGACUGAUCAAUUCAAACAACCACAGAAACUCCCAACAUUAUUGGGCCAGUUUGCAUAAUUUGUGCAACUAACAAGGCAGAGGUUGUUGAGAUGCAUGUGGUGACUGACUGUACGCUAUAACAAUCAGGCAACAAUUUGACUGUAGAAUGGUGCGAGCUGCUAAAGCAGAACAUGCUUGUGUUGCAACACUGAGGAAAUGGUGUACUUGAAUGUAUUCUAUGUUUUCUAUUUAUUAUUUUAUCUAACUGGUGAGUGUCUGAGCGAGCAAGGAAUGUAAGGGGAAGGAAGACAUUAAGUUUACAUGCAGACCUUCAGACAGAGGACUAGUGGUGUUUGAGAGAAGUGGGUCUUUUACAAGCACAUGCACCCGAAAGUGAAUCUACAAUUCCAGGAUUCAUUGGUUUAUACACUGGCCGACUGACAGAUGAUGUUAGAUAUAUGUCGUCUAAUAGGAAGUAUUGCAGUUUACCGAAGCUUAUACAGUAUAGUGUGUCUUUAUAUUCUCCAGACUGACACCAAGUACUUAUUUGAAUGUUGUUUACGAAACAAAAACCAACUAGAGUGAGAUACAAUGUGAUGGAAUCAUGCAAAUCAAGUUUAAAGUUUGCCAUUUUAUAACUAUGGUAGCAGAAUGAUGAUGUAUGCGCAUUAUAUGACUUUAUGAGGUACUUUCCACAUUCAGUUUGUUGUGAUGACAUGAUUUCUCACAAUGUCAUGCAUUUUGCUAGUUUUUCUCUCAUUGGUUUGUCAGCACCGCAGUGAAAACACUGAACCCUUCAGUGCAUGGUGACGUGGCUGUCUAUCACUGCUCAUACAUUUGUUCAUGUUCUUUUUAUUUAGCACUAAACCAGAAUCUGCAUUCUCAGAUUGCAUAGUUGUAUAGGUUUUUGAGAAUUUACUUUUUGGUGGACAGUCAGGAAAGACACUAGACAUACACUAAGUGCAUUCUUACUACAGAUUUCCAAUUUUGGCUACAGCUAGUAGUAAACCUGUGACCUGUGGCUCUGAUACUGUACAUACCCUAAGCAGUGCGGGUAUACAGUACUGUUUUUAACUGUUCAUUGAUGUAUUGAGUGGGAGUGUCCAAAAAGUAGAAGUCAGAUUAGUCCAGCCUCUCAUUUGAAGUCAAAAUAAGACACAUUGAUCAUCACUGAUUUAGCUGAAGCUGAUUGUUGUGUAUAAGCUGUGACAUUGAGAAGGUGAAAGUGAUGCACACUGGACCUGCAUGUUCACUGGUAAGAUUAAAGUUAUCUGAAAUCAUUUCACCUCGACAACACUGGGAAGACAAUAUAGUCCCGUGUUCCUGUUUAUGUUUCAAAUGAGAUUUAGAACAUAUUUAAUGUGCAGCAUUUUCUUCCCUUUGGUUGUAGGAGAGUGAACAAACACUUGACAUUUUCCCCACGUUCUCAAUAUGGAAAUUGCCCCAAACACAUGAUAGAUGAGCAAUCAACAGAUUCAUUUAUUUUUAUUUUUUUGUUAAAUCCAUCAUCUAUGCUCACGAAGCAUGCUGUAAUAAGCCAUAAAAUGCAUUGCUGUUUAAUCAGGGAUUUUAUCUGUGAAUGACUGUAUGACGAUGUCUGCUCUCGCUUUGUAAUGCUCAACUGUCACCAUUAAAAACAACGUCAUUUA